ACAGAUUCAGGAGGAAGUAGGCUGUAGUAGUUAUUCGGAGAUGAAGAGGUCUGCUGUUGACUGCCAUAGUACUAUAACUUCGUCAAACAAAACCAAAAAAACUCUGGUUGUCAAACCUACUCCCACAAAAUACACCACCACCACCACAAUAAAUAAAAAUCAGCUUGGAUUAAAUACAAUUAACCAAACAAUGCUUGCAUAGAUUGCCCUGUCAUGAUUCUGAUGGGAAGGUGGAUCGAUGUUAUGGUGAACAUUGUUGUUGUAAGUGGGUCCACAGCUAAAGCUGCCAUUGCUGUAGGUUGUGAGCUGCAGACAUGAUCAUUGUCGGCUGCUGGGGCAUUGUUGUGGAUCUGAUGUGCAGUUAUAGUGUGGUGUCACCGCCAGACACCACACUUGCUAGGUGGUAGCUUUUAAAUCGGCCGCGGUCCGCUAGUAUACGACGGACCCGCGUGUCGCCACAGUCAGUGAUGGCGGACCGAGCGCCGCCACACGGCAGGUCUAGAGACACUGACUAGCACUCGUCCCAGUUGUACAGCCGACGUUGCUAGCCGUGGUUCACUGAGAAUUAUGCUCUCAUUUGCUGAGACGAUAGUUAGCAUAGCCUUCAGCUACAUUUGCUACGACCUAGCAAGGUGCCGUAUUCAAUUGAUAUUGAGACUCUAUUAAUGUAUCAUCAAGAGCGAUGUUCUACAAAUGUGGAUUAAAGUUAAGUAUUCCAGAAGCUACGUACUUUUCUUUAUAGCAUUCAUUACGUAUCCUGUUUCAGACCUCAUGCCAGCCUGCGUGAGUUUAAGCGCGUGCCUUUCGUCUUCCUCUCAUUGUGUCUAGGCUGUCUUGUCUAGACACAACAUAUAGUCCUUAGAAACUGCAGUUGACAAUCUUCUAGUUAGUGGACGUUCUGAAUUCUUCGACAUAAUGGUUGUCGAUGGAUUUAAUGACUGUUCAUCACCAUCUCAUUUCUUUUUUAAUGCUUUUAUAAAUGCAGUGCUGGUAAUGGCUUUUGCACUGUCCUGUAGUCCCAUUUUUCUGGAAAUACUUAUAGAUUUGCCCUUCCUUUCAAUCAGGAAACACUUCUUAAUCCUUCAAAUUUACACAUGCAUUUGAGCAGGCUUGGGCAGCCUUUGGUGACUUGGAGCACUGAUUCUCACACUUAAGCUUGCGGGGCCAUAUCAUGAUGUCGUGCAACAGUAGCACCCCAUGUAUAUCAAAACUGUAGCAUCUGUGACAUGGAGUAACACCACUUACCCAAUGUGCCACACCAUCAAAUUGUGCCUCAAAACAUGUGUUUUUGAGAGUAGUUUCAGUUUAUGAUCACCCAGAAAACAGUGAAAUUGAUACUGCUGAGAAGAUGAAAAACUGUGAAAUGUGGCAACAUCACGUAAAUGCAACAUGGUGGAUGGACGCUAUGGACUUGGUGACUUUAAAACAAAAAAUCCUCCCAACAUGGUACCUGAUUAUCCGGGCUAUACUACAGAUUUUUUUCUGAUAAUAUGGAUCCACUUGAUGGCGACCCACUGUUGGAUCCAAGCAUCUGGGAGAAUUCAGAUUUUGAUGCAUCAACAUUACAAAUGCAGGAUACACAAAAUAGUGGAUUUGUAAACAACAUUCAAACCGGUACUUUGCCAAGUGUGUCCAGACUUGUGGGUGAUUAUAAUUUUGCAGCACUUAUAUCACCUGAUACUGGACCAGACUGCCUGUUCUCAACAGACUUGAACAAGAUUUUUGUUAAUAUCAACAAAAACAUACCAGUGCAAUUUCGACUGAUUCCUUACAGUUCGGGCCUGUACAUACGUGCUCUCGCAGUGUAUGUAAGCUCCAGUGAUCAGCAAGAGCCAGUGAUAAGAUGCAUAACUCACGUAGCAGAAGAUGAAAAGGAUGGAAAAGAUGUCAAUCUAGCAGCACAUGUACUACGCUGUGCUUCAGCAAACGGUGCUGAUUACUUCAAAAAUGCAUCCAGUGGUCGUUUUAGUGUCCGUAUUCCAGUUGAGGCCCCACAAAGUGGAAUGGAGUCUUUCAUUGUUUGCUAUAAAUUUACUUGUCUCAACAGCUGCCAGCAGCGCAAUGGCAGGCGAGGAAUGGGAAUUAUCUUUACUCUGGAAAAUGAUGUGGGAGAUGUUCUUGGGCGGCAGUUUAUGAAUGUGCGGGUUUGUAGCUGUCCAAAACGUGAUAAGGAGAAAGAAGAGAAGAAAGUGAAGGAAGGGAAGAAAAUAAAAGAAGAGAAAGUGCAUGCAACAAAGAGGCCUUUUAAAACCACAGAAUCAAAUGAACCUCCCAAAAAAGUUGUGAAACCCGAGCCAGGAGAGGCUGCAAUUGUUAAGAUACCUGUUAAAGUAUGCCACAUAAAAGAGUUGGCCAAGUUUGCUUCUGAUUUAAUAUAUAGAGAUGUGGGCAAGCAGCAGAGGCAGCUAAGUGACCAAGACAAAUCACUUCUUGCUAUAUACAACAGUAUAAUAGAGACCCCCGAAGAAGAAUUAUUGCGAAGAUUUCAUUAACUUGUGUUCUAUUCGUGUUCAAAAUAUUGUGUAUGUUCAGCACACUGUUGACAUUUUAGUGUUUCUUGGUUGUAUCCAUGACAGAUUUCUGGAAUAUUUUCAUAAUUUUGUAAUAAAAUAAAUAUUUUCAUAUUUUGAUUAUAAAUAAAAGAACAGAUGGCCUUCUUUCUUUUGAA